AGUAUAGCUGUUGCCCCGCCAGUCAGUGAACAACUGGGGAGAGGAAGACAUGAUGAACUGUCAAAUCGUACUGGAUCCUGCCCAAGUUAUUAUUCCUGAGUUUCUGGGAGUACGCUGAGCUAUGACGGGGAGCAUGUUUGAACCGGUGUGUGUUCAUGGUAACUGAGUUUAAAAAUCAAAGAAUCCUGAAUUGAGUGUUAGAGAAAUAGUUCAGCCGGUGUGAGACAGUCAGCGUGUGGGAAUGGCAGCUCCCCGGCCGAUAAAAGGGAUCCUGAAAAACAAGAACAGCGGGACUAACGUCAAACCCGUGCCCGAAGACGUUCAAGGAGAGGUCCCUGAACAAACCCCCGGACUUUCGGAAGAUGACCAACAGUAAGUUCGAUGCGCAUCUGCCGUUAGGUUGGUAGCUAAGUGACACCAGCUAGCUAAACACUUGUUAGCCUCCUCCUCUCAGGCGUUACUCCCAUGUCAGGCUCCUCAGAAAAUCAGAGUCACAUCUUCAGUAGCCCGUGAAAGUAAACAGCCUGUAUGGAAACUUUCUCACUCGUGUUUCUUGUGACUAUGAGUUGGUGUGUCUAUACUGAUAAGAAAUCUCUCAGAGCUGAAGCUAGCCAUAUUACCCAUGAGCUCUUGGCCAGGCUAGCAUGUUCACAGCAGGUCAAUAAAGUCUCAGCCGUGGUAGGUUAACGCAAUACGGUUCAUAGUUUGUCAGUAUCAAACUCAGUGUUUACCCAUGACUUGCUUAAUUUGAUGACGACUAAAGAAAAAGGGUGAUAGAUGCAAUGAAACCUCACUAUCCUCAGCUAAAGAUGACCAUAAUAGGUAAAAUUGGACUGGCCUGAACAGACUCCAUGCUCUGGUGAUCAUAGAAUAAUGCUGGUAUUGCUAUCCUCCAAUCCUUAUGUAACCUAAUUUCAUCUGACCAUAUUACAAAUUGGACCUUAUUCCUUGUAUUACUCUGUAUUACAGUAAGCUUAUAACAAUCUAGCACUGUUGUAACGAAAUGAAAGGAAACCACUGUUUACUGUUUGAUGAAAUGUGAGGUAAUCAUGACAGUAUAGAUGGGCUCGUAUCUAUCUAUCUAUCUAUCUAUCUAUCUAUCUAUCUAUCUAUCUAUCUAUCUAUCUAUCUACGGUGGAUAUAAAAAGUCGACACACCCCUGUUCAACUUCCAGGUUUUCAUGAUGUAAGAAAAUGACAGCAAGAUAAAUAUUUCUACAACUUUUUCCACCUUUAAUGUGACCCUAUAACCUGUACAAUGCAAUUGAAAAACAAACUGAAACCUUUAAGGGGAAAAAUAAAAAAUAGAAAAGUUAAAAUAACCUGGUUGCAUAAAUAUGCACACCCUUAAACUCAUACUUUGUUGCAGCACCUUUGGCUUUUAUUACAGCACUCAGUCUUUUUUGGGUAGGAGUCCAUCAGCGUGGCACAUCUUGAUGUGGCAAUAUUUGCCCACUCUUCUUUGCAAAACCGCUCCAAAUCUGACAGAUUGCGAGGGCAUCUCCUGUGCACAGCCCUCUCCAGAUCACCCCACAAAUGUUCCAUGGGAUUCAGGUCUGGGCUCUAGCUGGGCCAUUCCAAAGUCUCAAUCUUAUUCCGGUGAAGCCAUUCUUUUGUUGAUUUAGAUGUGUGCUUUGGGUCAUUGUUGUGCUGAAAGAUGAAGUUCCUCCUCAUCUUCAGCUUUCUAGCAGAAGGCCGAAGGUUUUGUGCCAACAUUGACUGGUAUUUGGAACUGUUCAUAAUUCCCUCCACCCUGACUAAGGCACCAGUUCCAGCUAAAGAAAAACAGCCCCAAAGCAUGAUGCUGCCACGACCAUGCUUCACUGUAGGUAUGGUGUUCUUUUGGUAAUGAGCAGUGUUGAUUGUUAUUUAGAAGAAUAUUUAGGUUGUUUUACAAUGAAUGAGUGUUAAAAUAAUUUACAGCAAAGUGGGUAGCUGGUUAGUAAUGAUAAUUAUGGUGUGACAGAUAGAUAAUUAGAUAUUACUCUACAGUGCAGUAAUAUUUUAAGUAAAUGAAACUGAAUACAUGGUGGAUUGAUGGGGCUUUUAUAUAAAGAUGCCGAAGUAUAACAAGAUAUAAAUAAUAAUAAUUAUACAUUUUAUUUGUAGGCGGCCUUCAGGGCAGUCAAGGACACCUUACAGAGCAAUUAAAAGACACAUCAGUAGAAUAGUAAAGCUAAUAAAAAACACAACAACACAACAAAGUACUAAAUAAAAAAGUUGUAAGUCCAGACUCUGCAGCAGAACAUCAAGUGCUAGUCUGAGGAGGCCUGUCUGAAGUAAUGAGUUUUGAGACGGGACUCGUUAUCCACCGAGAAAAAAACAAGAUAUGACAAAAUACAUGACAUCUUUAAUAGAUUUUAGCCCUUGCCUUUUCCGACAUAACUCUGUAACACCCCCACCACCACAAAAAAGAAAAAAAAAAUACAAUCCAGGUGUCGCAACUGACAAAUAAAUUAGGCCCAAGGUGAAAAUACUAAAUUUAUGGCUUCAGAGCCCUUGGCAAGCACUGUAAAUCAACUGCAACUCUUUUUUUAAAUUUUUUUUAUAGAGAGCCGACAAACUACGUAGAGCUGUGUAAACUUCAUGUAAUUCUCUGGUGACAAACCCUGGAGCAUUUUUGUCAAAAGAGGCAGCAGUCUGCUGUGCAAUGACUCUACACUAGACUAUUCUGGUAGUACCUGACCAUUUUAACAUUGCUUGAGACUGCUGUUUGAUAAAUUCAAUUGUUUUAGAGGAGAAAUACUGCCAGAUCCUCUACUUUCUGAACACAUUUUUUGUACCUUUAAAUUCAAGAAACAAUAGAUAGUUAGAGGACGUCUCAUAUUACAUGGGGUGACUUUCAUCCUAGGAUGGCUCAGAUGAUGGCGUUGCCUUUUUUUAUCCACUUGCAGUCUAGGAUGGCUUUCUGACAUGCUAAUCGUGUCAAAUGGAAAUGAGGAUGCUUCAGAUGAGGUCAGGAACUUUGCAGGGCAUAAAAACUAGAUUAUGCUAUUAUCAUAGAUACUGGCACUGUCCCUAUGGCAGCUUGCUGUAGCACCCCAAAUUACAAGACAGUCCCUGUGAAUUCUUGCUUGUACGCUCCCACAGGCACUUUUCAGUAUCCUGUCUGCUCUGAGGAAACCCAAGACAUGCAGAGUUCACCAAAAGAUGCUUCUUACUUUGAUUUUAUCCUGCCCAGCUGAGUGAAAUCUAAGCAACAGCUUCUAUGUGGUGGCUGCUGUUAAUAGUGUAGAAGAAAAAUAUGGACUGAUGUUUUAUUAUAGGAUAUUCUAGAGGAAAAGCUCAUGUUUUACUUUCAAAUUUGUUUUACACAAGCAUUGUUACCGAGUCAAGACAGGAGAACUUCCCCACCAAAGAAAUCAUGGAAACAUAAACGGCAGUUCUUUAAGUCUUUCUUUUUGCUUAGAUAAUUUUAAAUCUCUGGAACAAUGUAGUCUUGUAAAUUGUUUGUGUUAAUUCACUAACAAAUAAGAGAUAUUGAGGCUUUAUGUGAAAUAAAAUAGGUCUGAUAUACAGUCACAGUGCUUAAUGAACACCACCCACCAGCCAAAUGCUGAUGUAUUUUUGGUGCUAGCUGGAGGUUUUUGCCAACUGUUACAGUUGGAUUGGGCAGCAUCAUCAGUUCAGUGUUUUUAUGGAAUAUUUUCACAUUCAUCUCUCUGGACAUUAGAUCAAUUGAAAACACGGUUUCAUAGAAAGUAAUAUGCUUGUUGUAUGAUGUUUUUGAUUAGACAGAUCAGUAUGAAUGAUACAGCACAAAAUCAACCAGCUUCAUGAGUCAGAUGUCCAACCAGUUACUCUGCAAGAUAACCAACUGUAGUUGUAAGCAGGUCCAGACAUCAAGAGCAGUCCUGUAUGUGCUGCAGUGUGAGAAAUUAGGCCAUUGAAAGAUGGAAGCAGUUAUUAGUGGAUUUCAUUCCCUACAGUGAUUCAAGCUUUUCUGUGUUGGUACAAAAAUAGUCUGUCUUUGAGUGAUGAGGAAGUGGAGGGAAAAAGAGUUUUUUGGAAGGAUCCGCUGUGCAGCCAGGCACCAAAUCCAAGGAGAAUCACUCAGGCUAGAUAUGCUGUAACAAGCUGCUCCUGUCAGGGCUGAGUUUAAAGCAAAUACAUUCCCUUUUAUCUGUCUGUAUGCAAACAGAGGACCUAUUCUGUCAUAUCUUCCCUCUAGUGUUGACUUGAUUUGAAAAAGAAUUAAUAUUUCUUACUUAUCGUUGCUCAGCACUUAUUAAAACUUCAGUGCUUAUUGACUGCUCUGGUGUUAUGCAUGCUAAGGAACUUUUUUUAAAAAUAGAGCUUACUGCAGAAACUGAUAAGCUUUGACAAAUAUGUUUCUUAAUCUCCUGCAUUUGUCUGGAACAUACCACAUUGUUUUCUUGCUGGUUUUACAGCACCCGUAGGAUAUCCUGAACCAGCUCUACAAAUACAUACCACACAGCAUUGAUUUUUUUUAACCACCUGUCUAUGUUUAAACUGUUCAGCUUCCUUCUGUGGUAUUGUUAGGAAAACAAGGAUUCAAGCUAUGUAACACUUAGUACUUACUCUAGCUUACAGUCAUUCCGUUUUUUUCUUCCAAAAAGAAGUCAUUCAAAGUGCAACAUAAUUGUAAAUUCUUGCAUUAAUAUUUAAAUAAGAAUGAUAUCAACAAAAAUGUUCAUACAGGAACGCACAUGCUCCAUUUUUAAUUUCUUUUGCUGCUCCAGUUCAUUUCCUCUAGCAGUGUGAGGCCUGUGCCACUUUUUCAACCCACUUGUGACAGUCACUUUUGUUACCCCUUCAAUCAACCACUAUUAUUUACUUAACAGUGAUAUACAAGCCCCGCACCCCGAUAUUUAUAAUUCAUGGACACUUCCAUGAAAUUCAAUCUCUCUUUUAAUGUCUCGUGAGCCACAGCCUGACUGUGCUAUUGGCAGUUUGUCAGGCGGGCGGUGAAUCUCUGUCCUCAUUUAGACAGAGAAAACUUUGCUCGGACCACUGAGACACUACACCUCUCUGUGUGUUAAGGUCAGAUGGGGUCAACUUUUAGCAUAGAAAAUGAAUACAGUAUGCGUAUUGACGAGGAAUGUUUGUAACUGAUAAAAAGAUAAGGAACAGGUGUGUGUGAACGACUCUAAUCUGCAGUAAUAAAAAGCAGUGACUGUUAACGGACAAGGAAGUCGAGCUGUUUAACUACUCUGAAUUUCUCCCUCUUUUUGAUCUGCUGUGUUUCUGUACAGAUGUGGGUCUUAGAUUUAGACUGUUACCACACUCACUUUAUACUAAUAAAUCUGUUCAAGUUAAAUAAAACAUUUGGAAUAAUAAAUUAUAGAAGCUGCACUUUUUUGCCUAUUGGCACAGUUAAGAUUCACUUCAAUGGCCAAUGAAUUCAAUGUUCAGCUCCUUUUCAUUCCCUGAGCUUCUCCCUUUUUCUCUAAACUCUGGACAGAUGACAGGGGCUUAAGAAACUGUUUUAGUCCUAAAUCUAGUUGGCUAUGUAUCAAACUUUGUGUAAUCUUUUCUGCUUAAUGCCGCCUUUGGUACGUGCCAACGAAGCAGUGAUUUUAGCCCCUCUUGGGUUAAUACAGCUGAAGAAAAUCCAAAAUCAGAAGAUUUUUUUUUAACAUCCCAAAAUACCAAAUAAAUAUUUUUUUUUUACCGUUGGCCAGACUUAGACUUUUUGCUUGAUUCCAUUCAUGAAAGCAGGACACAAUGUGCAUUUCACCUGCCGCCUACUCCACUGUAUAACCAAGGCUGCUGAUGUUUCUUAUGGAAGGUUCCCUGUGUAGACCCGAGCACAGGUCUGGACCUUUCCUCACUCCCCUCUGACUAUGCUACCUGAUAGCACAGCUUGGCUCCCAGUGAUGACUCACUCUAUUUAAUGAGUUUUCCUGAGCGUUAUGUUGCCAGCUGUUGACCACCCUGGAGUGGUAGUCACAUCACGUAAGAGAUACAACUCUAUAUUUAGUGUGUGCUUAUAGUUAGUGCUCUUCAAUUUGUUCCCUCUUUCAGACCAGGUGUAUCAUCCUUGUUGUACAUUUUCUUUCAUGAAUGAGUGAGUGGACCAGAGUGCUUUUGAGGGCAGCACUAGUUUGAUGAAAUUGAAAUUGGUUUGCUGCUUUUGUGAUGUAUUGUGUAACAAAACACGCACGUACAAGCGCAGCAUUGCAGAUUUUAUUAACUCCUAACACACUAAAACACUCAGGCAGAAAUUUUUUGGUGAGGAAGUCUUUGGAGACGUUUUCCUCAGAUUUCAACCAGCCGUUUAGGGAUUGGUGGAGUUGUCACUGCCAACUGGCUGUGUUUUUGAUGUGAGUAUUAAGUAGCACCGUUACCCUUCGCAAAGGUUAAGGUUAUAACCUCAGUAUAUAUGGAGCAAGUCAGUUUCAUUUUAAUACACAGACACAACAAACACAAACCAAACAUAGACAACGCAGAAAACAUACUGCGAGAGUCCCUCAACAUGAACACCUUAACAUUGUCCAAACAACCUCCGCCUGUCAGCUUACAGAGUGAUUUCUCCAUCUCUCUUGUCCAGUUAAAAUCCAAUACUAAAUGCCCAAUGUUGUUUUAUGAUCACCCUCAUUUGAGUCCUUAUUUUCUGUUUUUAUUUUUUGCUGGUCUAUGUGUCUCCUCUUCAGCUCCUGUUUGAACUGAUGAACCUAAAGUUCCGUUAUCAUCAAGAAAUUAUUACCUUGAGUUAAAAUAUUCCAUUGACAGAUCAAAACAAUAUACAAUAGUUUAGAGAGGAGACACUAAUAUAGGGUGGACAUGGACAAAGCACAAGAAACAUAAGUUAGUAUAAUCCAAUACACUUCAGCAGAGUCAUGCUUCAACAAUCCUCAAAUAUCAAACAGUCAGGUGCCUUAUUCAGAUCUCAGAGGCUGAUCUGACCUGAUUAUUGUCUCUGUUUUAUCCACCUUUUCAAAGUUCAAUCCUAAAGGUAGUAGGACUUGACCUUUUCAGAAUAUGUCAAGACUUUCUGGUGAGAAGCAAUUUAUCCUCAAGAGCUUCAACCAAGUCCAGACACUUUUGCAAGAACCUUUGACUUGUACCUGAAUCAUCGAGCACCUUCACAAACAAAUUGUGCUUGAGUUGGUAUGACUUGUCAACAUUAGUGUGAUCAAAUAAAAAUAUAAUUUACUGUUAAGUGAAUGAACCAGUCCAAGACAUCUGACCAACCUUAUUGUUUUUGUAUCAUAUAUCUUUUUCAGACUCAAGUUAGUGCAUAAAUGACACUGAGAGUAAUAAAUAUGAAGCUUUAUUCCUCGUGCUCAAUCGGAUUUGUGGCCCAUUUUGGGGUUUUAUCAGAGUUCUCCCUUGUAGCUGAUUUGUUGUACUUGUUUUUUGUCUGUGUGGCACAGGUCUGUUUUGAGAGGGAUGGGUAUGGGAGCUCAGCAGGUUUGUAGCAGCAGGCGGUGGAUUUAGCAUCUCUCUUGUUUCCCACCCCCUGCCUGCCUGUCUCCCAUGAAACCUGACCUUUAGUUCCAUGAACACAGUCAGGACUGACAUACUUUACCUUUGCAGGAGAGGCCAGGGAGGGCACAGUUAGUCCGGUCCAAGUUUCCUCUUCACUUGCUCGAAAUGUGUUUAAUGGCAGUUGUUCUCUUGAUCAUCUGGACCAAUAGUUAGCAUUCAGAAGCAGUGUGGUUAGUUCUGUUUUCUUUUCAUUUUCCAUAAGGAUGUAACAAAUUAAAAAUUAAAUAAGAAUCCAAUAGAGGAACCAGAGCUAAAAAAAUCCUGCUCCCCAUCUGAGAAUGUAACCAUUAAAGCCAAACAACCACUGACUGACCCUGUCUACUCACUGCUGACCAGCCCAGGGGCUCAGACCAUUGCUCACACUUGGUAUUUUCAUUUGAUGUCAAGGUAAUUUAUCCCAAGUCACCCCCUGAAAGCUGUCAAAAACAAGACUUGAUGUUUGAGACAUUUUUCAGUCGGUGUGGUCUCAAAAUAGUCAGUCUGAGUGAAAACUGGGGCACUUUUAGUCCUAGAUUGAAUCUGGUCACUCAUCCCCCUGGAGGAAUCUGGGGUUGGGAAGCUGGUGCGUGGUGCUGUCUGUCCGCUAAGUCGUUGUAAAUUUCUGAUGGCUCCUUUUCUUUGAACCUUUUUUUACAGGAAGAAAUCACAGAAAUGGGAUGAGAUGAACAUCCUGGCUACAUACCAUCCAGCCGACAAAGACUAUGGCCUGAUGAAGAUAGAUGAGCCCAGCACACCUUACAACAGGUCAGUGUGUCACAAAUGAACGUGCACUUUAGAUAUUAUAACUUAAAUCUCAAUUUUAGGACAUUUGUUUUCUAGACAUUUGCAAAGAUGCACUUUUCUUUACCUUUAAAUACCAUCAGAUUAAUCCUGUAGGCAGGUCAGACCUCUCAGUACCUCUGCUAGUGUUUGAGAACCAAGUGUGAAACGUGUGUGUGUGUAUGUGUGUAUGUGUGUUGGUGUUACAGGGAUGUCUCAGCAGGUUUGUAAUCCAAUAUGUCAGGGAGCUGCAGGGAAGGUCACCCUAGUCACAGACCUUUCCUCAUUGUCUCCUCAUGAUCCCCUUUCUGUCUCCUGUCCCCUUUCUUUGCCCCCUGUAUCUCCUCUAUCAUCUAUUCAUCCUUGGCUAUCUGCAUCUAUCAGUCUUUGUAUUUCCUGUCCUUAUUCACCCUCUCUCCUUCAUGACUGGUUUAUCUUUCAUCUCUCUAAUAUUGAUCUUUUCAGGAUGGUGGGGGACGACGAAGAUGAGGGGGCGCUGAGUGACUCUGAUAGCCACAGUGGACUCGCAGCUGAUGACCUGGCGUCAAAGUAAGAACCUACACGUGAGCUGAGGGAGACAAGUCCAAAAAUAUUUGGACUUAAAAAGAGGAGAAACAAGAAAUGAAUGAAAAGAUGUUAAAGUAUAUCACUGUGACACAAUACUACUUUUGUUAGUGUUUCAGCUGUUGUUGCUGAAGGGUACAGCAGCUUCAGUGAAGUACAAAUACAACCUUGAAAAGGUGCAAAAUGGUUUUUGCUCUCAGGUGAAGCACAGAUAAGCCACACUUGAACACAUUUACCAAUAUCUUUUUAAGGGUUGCGCGAUAUAUCGUUUGAGCAUCGUCAUGGCGAUGUACGUGUGCGCAAUGUCGGAGGCGAAUGAACUCAUCUAAUUUCAAGGGUAGCUGACUGACAUACACUGAAAGCGACUCUGCAUGUGAUGUGCAGCGAUCCACCAAUCACAUUCGUUCUUUACUCAGUUGCCAAUCAGACGACCCUGCCGGCCGUCAAUCAAAAUCAGAGAGGAGGAAGCCACGCCCCUGCACAUGGAGUGAGUUGCUUGCGCUGCCGGUGUUGUGCCGAGAAACACAUGCCCACCGAGAAUUACUUUGUGAACAUUACUCAUCACUGUUUAGCCCCACAAAUAAGAACUGUAUGGGUUUUCAGUUGUUAAUUUCCGUCGACCACUCUACUAUAAGCGGUGCGCGUUUUGCGAAGUGGAUGCAAUUCUCAUUGGACAUGCGUUUCUCUGCACAACAUUGGUAACAACAACAACAACAACGAUUGCAAAAUGUUAAACGAACAAGAGAAAACCACUGAAAAUGAAGACUUUUUGCUAAAAAAAAAAAAAGGAAAGUCAGUUAUCUGGAAUCGUUUCGGUUACAAGAAGGAUGAUGUUGACCAAACACAUGUUCUGUAUCUGCAGUGCCUUUUACCUGUUGCCACAACAAGAGAUAACAAGUCCCAGCACAAUAAAAGCAAGCAAGGUUAACUGUCAACAAGAUUUCAGCAGUGCAGCAUAACAUAAAGUGCUAUUCAGGUCAUCUGGUGAAAAUUCCUGUAUUUUUUAGAUCGCAAUAUAUAUCACAGGGUUGAAAAGUAGUACAAUGUUAGUUUUUUCCAAUACCGUGCAACCCUAAUCUUUAUCCUUGUUUUGAAAGAACUGAGAAGAGUGUCUAACUCACUUCUGAUAUCUUAAAGUCUAGCUUCUGACAUCUUUAGGACACUUUCAAAGGAGUCUCAAUGUAGGUCUUAGAGUUGUUGAGGAAAUGCGCCAAGUUUUUUUUCCAAAGACCAAUUUUCUCCCCUCGCAUUUUUCACAUGUAUUAUCUGGUGUAUUGCUACUCUUUACACUUUUUAAGAGUGUAAGCUUCUUUUUUUUUUCUUUUGACGGUGUACUUUCUACCGAGUUUACCGAGCUAGCUAGCAUACAGUUGUAACUCCCCAUCCAGUGAUAUGGUAAUGAAGUGUCUGCAGUGCUGCAGUGCAGGCAGAAAGUUGUGCCAUGUCAUACACACACAGAAACACACUCAGCAUGCAGACACAGCAGACAGUGCGCUCACCCUCAGACAUUACAACUGCCUUUGACAAAGCUCCAGACUGUGUUUACUGAAUGAAUCUUGACAAGUGUCUUCCUUUUUUAACUUAGAAAAGAAGACAGCAGAGAGAUUUGUAGGACAGGUCAGCUGUUUAUUAUAAUCAGAAUCAAAUGUGGUUACUCCUCGGAGUAGAUGUCUGUGUCCUAAUACAGUAAGGUGCUUUGGUAUUUUUCUACUAAUUAUUCUUAAAGGUUUUAAAAUACAGCGAGAAAAUAAAAGGUCAUAAAACACACAUUAAAAAAUCAACAGCGUAUGCAGAUACAGAGUAAAACAAAUUUGUAUUUGGAGGUUAGCAGUUCAUCUUUUUGUUACUAUUUCUUUGUUUUUAUGGAAAGACUUGCUGCGUUUUCGCCCUCUGCUGCACAAGCUUCUAAUCAAUACACAGGAGGUUCAUGGGUGUUUCCCCUCAGCUAUGAAUUCCAGAGAAAGAGCAAUGCAGUGAAAGCGACAGCUCACUUUGAGUGCCACAGGCCUGCUGCUUAACGGUCCCAGAAAGUCAUUUUCUAAAUCGUUUGAUAUUUUGUCUUGAAGAAAAAGUCACAGAUAGCUGCCAGAGAACCCAGUUUACACAGUGUAUAAGUAGAAUUCACUUCAUAAGUUGCAUUAAGCUAUUAUAAGAGCCUUCCUGGAAGAGCAGAGUUUUUAAUUUAGGUAGAAAUUUUUACUUAAUCAACUUCAAAUGUCUUAGUGUGUUAAAAAUGUAUUCAUGCCACUCAGAGCUGUCUUCUGGAUGGAAACGGGGCUUGAAAUAUUUGCUGUGGGCCAUCGAGCUUACAUAAGUGCACUGGUGCAGGGAUGGAGCGAGCCAGUUUGAGUGUGUGUGUGUGUGUGUGUGUGUUCCACAGGGAGGAUGGUGAUUAGCUCCAGGCUGGCAAGUCAAUUAGCUGUCUUUGUUUACUUUCACACAGAGUGCCUCUUAUUGUUUGACUCUAAACUUUCCUGAUAGGAUGACAACUGAACUUUUUUUGUCUACUCUUGUAGUCCGACCUCUCCUCCCCUUCAACUCUUCUCUCUCAUUCAUGAUGCUCUUAAAUUUGAUUCACCACAUCACUUACACUUCCUCUCCUCCAUCCUGUGUCUGCCUUGAUCCUCUUCUUUCAAAUACAUCUGACUCCAUCAUUGUUGUACCCUGAUGCUGUUGUAAAAUCAGUCUUCUUUCUGUGAACUGGGCCAGUUUGCUGAAGUUUGUAGUAGUACAGUAAAGUGGAGCUUCCCCUAAGGCUGUAGCACUGAUUUACUACCAUCCGUUGAGCCGUGAACCAUUAUUCAUUUAGUCUUGUGCUGUUAGCUCUUUGUGAGUGUGAGAGAUGUGGGUUGUAACUCUUGUUAUUUUUGUCUCAUGCUCGAGUACUCUCACACACGCUCACAUCUCUCUCCUCCUCCUCCUCGCCCCAUAUCUCUCCAUCUGUGUUCCUCCAGUGUUUGCGUCUCUCUAUAAAAAGCUUUUUUUCACAAGUUUUUUUAAUCACUGUUCAGUGGCUUCAGAAGGAGCUCCUGAUAUUUUACUGUUUCAGAUUGGUUACUUUCUUGUAACGUGUUCAACAGCUAAAGAAAACAGGGAUGAUAUUCUGGAAAGAUUCCAAUGAUUUCAGUUUCCUCCUGUCUGCUUUUAUCUUUGAGGCUGGUGGCGGCUGAGGCUGCAGAGCCUCGCUUCCUCAUGAAGGAAGAAGAGGAGGAAGAAGAAGAAGAGAGCAGCGAGGAAGAAGAGGAGGAGUUAACUCCUGAACAACAGGGUAAACGCAGAUGUUAUUUUUCUAGGUUAAUUGCUCCAAGAUGAAAAGUGAAAUCUCAGCUAAGAAGAGACAUGUUUAUGUCAGUAUCCACGGUAACACGUUCUUGCUGAAAGUGGCGAGUGCAUCCUUCAGCUCACCUGUUAUUUAUACCCAGGCUCACCUUUAUGUAAGUGUCCCCUGCAGCUGUGCAUGAACGCACAGUGACAGUCCACAGUGAAGAGCUUGCAUGAUAGGGAUGUGUUUGGGAAAGGGCUGGAGUGUUCUCUGUGCUCUUGACCGUUCACUGACCCCUCUUAAGACACACAGACACGCAGUUCGAUAUUGACUGUUCUAUGACCUUAUCCGUUUAUUAAACGCACAUGUGCAUGCUCUCUAUCUGAUGUCAUUUGAGCUGUGCUAACACUGCACAAUUCUAACAGGAUGAAUUUGACUGCACAGUUUCUAUCAGAGUUACACAAAAGAAAAAAAAAAAACAAGUGAAGAAUCAGAAAACAGGCGGUCCAAUCAAUACAGUCUAACUUCAGAGCUGUAGCUUCAGCAGUUUUUGACACACAGCAAUAAAUCUGCCAACUUGAACCACUUGAAGGGGAGUUUUAGCAGCAGUUUUAGAGCUGCAGGGGAGGGGGAAGCCUGGAAUGUUUAAAAUCAAAUAUUUUCUCUCUGGGGUGAACAAAAAAUUUAAGGUAUACUCUGAGAACGUCUAUGCUGGUACAACAAUUUCAAGUCAAAUAGAGGAAAAAAAACAUGUUGCAAUAAAGGAUUGGUAUAGGUGAUGGCAGUGUUUGGCUUCCAUAUCAAUGCUGUAUGCAAAUAGACAAAUGUGCAGACUUCUUUGUUUUCUUGGAAAGGAUUCUCCUUUGAACCUUAAGAUUUUUCUUUUUCCUUUUGACUUGUUGCUCUUUUUGGCUUAAAGUCUGUGUAAAAAUUCUGGCGGGUUGUUUCACACAUAGAGAGAAGAUUAUAAGAGUUUAGUCCAUGUGUGACGACAGCCUCAGUAAAUGCUCACCCUGCCUGCAGCACAUGUAAACACCCCGAAUCCACCAUGCACUUGAUGCUUUCUGCAAAUUUAAGCAACUGGAAAAUGAUGUUUCUCUGCAGCCAAAAAGAACCACUUUAAGAUGAUGAGGAAGAUGCACUACAACGAGGGCCUGAACAUCAAACUGGCCCGCCAGCUCAUCGCCAGCGAGCUCGAGGAAGACGAAGAUGCAGAUGAAGAGAUGAGGGACGACACAGAGGAGACAGAGGAGAUCAGUGUGGACCCGCCACAGGAAGGUGAGCAGAGUGAGACUGUGCUCCUGUGCAUGACCGGGGAAAUGAUUCGAACAGUUUCCAGUCCAGCAGGGGUUUUUGUAUUCGGGAAGAAGGGUAACGAUGUUGUGAAUCUCACAAACUAAAGUGAAGUGAAGAGGUCCAGAAAUGAUGGCUUUGUGCAGUGAUGCACACUCACGCUGUGGAUGUCAUUAGAUUAAACUGCUGGCUGCUGUUUGUUUUUGCCACCCUGUGGUUCAUUUACUUUGACAGUUAUGCAUUAAAAGGAAGCCCCAGUGUUUUGAAUUAAACAAGGUUACAACCCACAGUGUUAAUGGGCAAAGUAGAGUUUAAUUGCAGAGUUGGCGUUAAGUCACAUGUAGCAAAAGUUUGAAAGAUUUUUUUUAAUCUUUCAUGAUGGAAACUAACUGAACUUGCUUAGUCUUCGCUUUUAGUCUAAAAUAAUAUUGGUGCAUUUUACUCCAGAGGGUGAUGUAUCAGUGAAAUAUAAAGUAACUAUAAAAAUGUGAAAGAUGUAUAUGAUUACCAGAGAAAUCAUCAAAAGAAAGUAAAAAGAUAUUGAAGAUAUCACCUCAGAUUGAAUCCCUUCAGGAUAUGAUUUUACAAAUGAUAUGAAACUCGGUGUCAUUUGCUGCAGCAGGUCAAAUCUUGAGGAUCAGAGAACAAAGUAGAAAAAAAAAUAUGUGACGUUUCUACUUUUUCUUUCUCUAUCUCCCACUCCUCUCCUUUUGUGCCCUGUGUCCAGCGGACCCCCUUGACUCCUAGACGAAGCCUCUCUCCAAACCUUCAGGCCUGCGUGUCGACCCCACAUCCAAACAGACAAUGCCACUUGUUGCCCCCCAGUGUUUUUAACACCGGGUCGCACAGCAGACACACCGCUUCACCAACCACAUAAAAACCGUCGAAAGUCAAUAACUUCCCAGUCAAAUGUCUGUCUUUGCAUUUUCUUCAAACUGUGCAAUAUAACCCCCAGACACACUGGUUUCAAAGUCCUAGAGUCAGUACAACACAAAAGCAAAGACUGUUCUUCCCUCCUCUUCCUGUUCCUCCUCCUCCUCCUUGCUCUUCUGUUGCCAAGAAAUUCCCCUCCCACCUCCUCUGGAGUGAUGUCAGACUGAAGGAUCGGUGAUUCUGACCUUGAAUGGAGGAUCUGGACUUUUUUUUUUUUUUUUAAAUAAAGAGAAAACAAAUAAAAAUGUCUGGAUAAUGACGACUCCCAGCUGGUCUCUCCACACUGUCCAGGCCACAGAGCCUGUACGUCAGCCGUGGAAGAAACCAGGGGAAACCCCACAGUCUCACUCAAGGCAUAUCUGAGACAUGACGUGCACACUUAAACCGGGUGCACCGCAGGAGGCUUUUAUUUUUGUUUUGCAUUGCUACUUUUCAGUUAACUGCAAUGGCUUAGGCUCUUCAGUACUUUUUUGUGACGAAAGAUGGACACAGUGAUGACCAGUUAAUGUAUUUGUUUUUUCUCCCCAAGGCUUACCUUUAUAUUUAUUAGGUAUACUAUUCAUUGGUGUCAUAAUGAUUUUAUGAUAACUUAAAAAACAGGGCUAAAUAUUGGUCUAAUAGCACAAGAUCACGUGACCUGCUUAAUCUUAAUGUUAUUGCUAUAAAAGACUAGAACUAACAUAAGAUGAACAGUACUUGCAGCUGAUUGGCAAAUGUACACCUAUGUAUUGCUCUUUGAUUCUCGCAGUAAAGUGUAUGACAAAACAAUGAAUUAGUUGCACUUAAAUGGCCUCAUCUAAGGGAUGUUGUUUUUGCAUUCUCUCUUUAAAAGCAACACCACCACCACACAAAAUGUCAUUCAAAUUUCUGGUAAUGUAUCAUGUACGGCAUAGAACAAGGAACCUUUUUUUUCAUACGGAUUUGCUAAUAAAUGUAGCCCAGAGGUGCUCAUCAGUUAAUUUGCAGGGCAAGCUGGUAAUAACUUGGCUUAAUCAUUUAUCUCUAUUAUAGAGCAGGGGUGACGGUUUAAUGAUAAGAGCAUGUGCUACUGAUAAAGAGGACAGAAGAGCUGCUGCUUUCAGCACCAGACUCUGAUGUGCAUCUGUCAAAGAACAAGCCAGCGAUCUAUGUAUUCUCACUAAAAUAACUUGAAAGGCUGACUUCAUGGGACCUUCAUCAAACCAAAUUCAUAAAAAAAUAUUAUUUUUUAAAGGAAGGUACAAUGUUAUACGUUGUGUUAAUUCCUCCAACACACUGUACUUCACGCCGUCUGAUCUACGUAUGUGUUCUGUUAGAUGCAGCUUGGGAAUGUGAAACAAAGAAACGAUGCUACUGACUUAAGUUAAAGCAGAUGUUGGCAGAGGAGUUUACCACCAACACUUUUUGAUGGUGUUUUAAAGGUUUUUAUUUAUGUCUGGGGUUUCCAAGAGUGUCAGGGAAAUUACUGUCAAGUCUGAAAGUGUGCAAAAAAAGGACAAUGAAAUGAAUAAUGAAAGUUGACUGAGUAUCCUGAAAGAACAGCUCUAAGAGGAACCCCCGAGUAUGUCUUGUGUUUUGAUCUUGUUUCUGCCCCUUUCAGUUUCCUCAGAUCAAAGUGUUAACACUCUGUAUUAUGAAAACACAAAGUAUCACAGUCAAACAAGUGAUGACUCCUUCAAAUGUCUCUUUUUAUUUUUAUUUUCUGUUCUUGUAGUUUAAUAUUUAUCUCCUUGACAAUUGUAAAACCCUUACAGCCGUGACCACCAACUAACAAGCUCCCAUUCGAGCAGCUAAUUACCAUGAUUAUUGUAGAGAAACUGUUUUAUAUUGAUGUGGAAGUACACAUUUGACCUUUUUGUUUUCUUCUGCUUUUGGUUCAUUAAAUUAGUUAACAACUUAAAAAGACAACAGCAGAGAAGCUGAUUUAAUUGGUUUAUCCUCUCGUUCAAUACAGGACAAUAAUCGUCCCAAACAUGACUGACGUGAUCACCAUGCAGGUGGUCAUAGCCUGUCAGAUGUGCCUCUUGUGUAUUAUGUAGACGUCUGCUCCAUGGUUUUUUUUUGUGCGGUUUUUCUUUCUGCUUUAUCAUGUCCUCUGUCUCACUUGUUGUUUUGGUCCACCUCUGCCCUGUUUGUAUUCUGAAGAUGACAGACUGUGAUGCAGUCCCAUGACUCUGCACUGUGCGUCUGUCUAAAAAUGACGUGGAUGCUGGUUUUGCAUUUACAGUUUGCAUGUACCAAGUCUUCAGAUUGUGUGUAUUCUGUUUUGUUUAUGUCUCCUACCAUUAAAAACCAUUGUUAGGAAUGAA